CACUCUUGGCGCCAAAGCAAAGCCGUUAGAUUAUUGGUCACCAUCUCAAACCCAACUCGCCUCUUCCCUCCCACCCAUUUAUCCCUCGAGGCGCGAAACCAACUAUGCCAAUGCCCCUCGUCCCCACCACCGACCACCAUAAUGCCGGCCGCUUCGUCGUCGGCCUCGGCAACGCCCGGAGCCAGCCGCGGCGGCGGUCGGGUCUCCGCUUUCACGAUGCGCGCGGUGGCACGCAUGUCGAGGGCGCGGUGGUUCAUCUUCCUGAGGCGGGUAUACCAGUACCAGAACGGCCCGAGGUCCGACCUGGGCUCCAACCCUUUCAACUCGCCCGGCUGGCUCGCUCUCGAGCUUGGCGUGAUCGUCGCGCAGAUGCUCAUCACCACCACCGUCGUGGCCACCUCCCCCAAGGAGCGCCCCGCGUGGCCGCUCCGGCUCUGGGUCACCGCGUACAACGUUGGCAACGUGCUCAGCCUCCCCCUCCUCUACUGGCGCCACCAACAUUCCUUGGCCGCCAGACGAGGCGACGACCCCGAGAUGCACGGCGCCGGUGACGCUCUAAGGGACAGCUCGUAUCUGAUGAACAAGGCUCGGGCGUUCCUGGAGCUCUUCUUCGCGAUGUGGUUCGUGAUGGGCAACGUGUGGGUGUUCGACGCGCGGCUCGGGUCUUUCCACCGCGCACCGAGGUUGUACGCGCUCUGCAUCGGUCUCCUCGCCUGGAACGCCGUCGUCUACUCGCUCCCCUUCCUCCUCUUCCUCCUGCUCUGCUGCUUCGUCCCGGUCGUCGGGUACGCGCUCGGCUACAACAUGAACUCGGCCUCCGUUGGCCGGGGCGCCUCCGACGAGCAGCUGGACGCGCUGCCGCGGUGGAGGUUCAAGGAGCCCGAUGUGCCGAGAGACCGCGAGAAGGACGAUCAAGAGUGCUGCAUAUGCCUGGCGCAGUACAGGGAGAAGGAGGAGGUGAGGCAGCUGCCGUGCACACACAUGUUCCACCUGAAAUGCGUGGACAGAUGGCUGAGGAUCAUCUCCUCUUGCCCUCUCUGCAAGCAAGAGCUCAGCUGAUCGAUGUCUGCACACAUACGGCGAAACGGUGAUUGAUCAGUGGAGCUUGCAUUCUAAGCCAGAGAUGCGUCAAUCGGAUGGCGGGGCGCGCUCCGAUGCAUGCACCACACCUCACUGACCUCAUUCGCCAACCCUCUACUAACCUAGACACUGACCAGCGAUGGAGACGCCUCUGUUGCAGCUGAAGAUGGAUUAAUUAACCAGCUCGGGCAGGUGGGAAAUGUGUAAAGAAAUUGUUGCUUCCUUUUUGAGAUUUUUCCUCUGCAGAUAUAGUUUCUGAAUAGUAAUAAUCCAUGAGCAGGUGGCCUAUGAUGCAACUACUGUUUUUUCUCCCGCUUAGCUCAGUAACUGCACCAUACCAACUGACAAGAACUUCGUUGGCUGAUCUCAACAAUUACAAGAAGAUAGAUGGACACAAAAACAAGGGGGAAAUAAGAAUUAGGCCACUGCGAUUGUUUGAUCAAUAAUCUCAUAGCAAAUACGUACAUGUGUAUAUGUAUAAGCUCUUACUUACUAAAUGAGCCCAGUUCACACACCUCUACUAAACGUAUAAAGAGUAAUAUAGAACUUUGUCAAAUCGUACCCACUUUCGUAUAGUAGAUGAUACCGGCACGUUGUUGCGGGGAUAUUUUGCAAUUUAUUUCAAAGAUAUUUGAUAUUGAGAGGAACAAUAUGAGUUGUAGUUCCGUAGAAUAUUUAUUAAAUAUGUCAUGCAUGUUUUCA